AAUACGAAAACACAACUAUUUUUAGGCAGACGUCAUAUGGCCUUGAGUUGUGUCAACUUAUGGGAAUACGGGGUUGUAAAUACUCUGCAUAGACGCAGUUAAAAAUACAUCUAUGUAAACACAGGACUACGUUGAAUUUUUGAGUUCGUUGCAUUCUCAUGCAACUCUGUGCAAGUCAUUUCGGUUCGUUUGGGAGGAUUCCGACUAGUUCUCAAAAAUACAGCGGAAAAAUUGUUACGGAAGUAAUCAGUUUCCAACAAGAAGCGCACGCGGUUGAAUAGAAACAGCCAAAAUAUUUGCUGUGAAUCAACCAGACCGGCCCCAACAACCAGCUGAGGGAUCUAUUGUAGAACAGAGCAAUAAAGUGAUUGUUUUUCUGUGCAGCGUAUCUAUUCAGUGCUGUGGUUUAUUAUGGCUGAUCCGGAGAAACAGAGCCUCAUUAACAAUGAAGAAACCAAUAAUACGUAUACCACCACCUCCCCGCCAGGCGUUGGUACAGGCAGUGUAGGCGGCGGCGAAGGAGGACCAGUUAUUUCCGCAGGUGCUAAUUCAGCUGAAGGCGGCGUUUCUCAAGCAAAUGUACCAUUUGUGGGUCCCGAUGAAGUGCCACCACCGUAUCAGGCCAACACUGGCACCGGUGUACCAAUGGUUACAUGUCGCGUGUGCCAAAAUAUGAUCGAUAUCACAACAAAACGAGAUCAGCACGUAGUGAAAUGCAGUCAUUGCAAUGAGGCAACGCCAAUACGCAACGCUCCUCCAGGCAAGAAGUACGUGCGUUGCCCAUGCAACUGUCUGUUGAUUUGCAAGAGUUCAUCGCAGCGCAUUGCUUGUCCUCGGCCAAAUUGUAAGCGCAUUAUUAAUUUAGCACCAAGUCCGGUUACGCCACCCGUACCGGCCAUGCCGGGCAUGUGUCGUGUUACUUGCGGUCACUGUUCAGAUACAUUUCUGUUUAACACAUUUCACAAUGCUCUAGCGCGUUGUCCCCACUGCAGGAAAGUGUCAUCUGUUGGCUCGCGCUUUGCUUGCGGACGCGGUAUGUUGUUCGCUGUACUUGGAAUGUUGUUUUUCAUUGCGGGCAUUGGUAUUACUGUUGGCACAUACAAAUACGCACAGGAUCACGGUGGUAUUAUAAUUGCUUAUGUUGGCCUCUUUCUGAUCGCAGCCUUUUUAUUAGCACGUUCGGUUUACUAUUUCCGUUUAAAAGUGAGCGCUAUAGACGGUCCAAUGUAAGGGCGAAUUUAAAUGUUUUUGUAUCAUUCCUUUUGAUAUUAACAAAACAAUUGAAAACAUAAAAAACUUAUAUUCAUAUAAACAAAGCCAGAGGGUAGUAAGCGAAAAGCAACUAAAAAGGCAGGCAUAAAAGAGCAAAGAGUACUACUUUUUACACAUAACAUUCAAAGGAAAUUUAAAUUGAUGCAAAAUCCAAAAAGGGUACACCGUAACUUCGCAAAAGAAAUAUGCAAUCGAACAAAGCUGUAUUGUAAUUGCAAACGAAACUCGAGUGCGUGAAUAACUACAUUAAACUAUACAAUUUGGAUUAAAAAUAUAGACUUAGUCUCAAUAAAGUAAAUAAGUGCUAAUGCAUGUAAAUGUUAGCAUGAAAGCUAUAAUUUUAAAUAAAAAAUAAAACAACAUGCAAAAUCUGUAAACUUUUUGUAUAACAGUUUAAAAAAAUUUAAUUGAUUUCACUUGUUUAGCAAAUAUCUGGUUACUGGAAGGACCAAACUGAAAAUUUAGUUUACUUGAAAAUCGCGCCCAAACAUCGCAUUAAAUGCGGAAAUAUGCUGCACUAGUAGAAAUACGGCAAUCAAAAAGGUGAAGACUAAUUUUUCAUUUGGAAAGUACACAGUUUUACAAAGAAGCUAAACGUUUGGAAACUCAAUUCACAUUUAUGUUAGGUUAAAUAUCGGGCUACAGCACUCUGCUUUAUAUAUAUAUAUUUUUUUAAUUUGUGAUUAGUCCUUUUUGCUUACCCAUUUGCUACUGUAAUUCUUUUAUCGUAAACUAUGUAUAUGCUUGUAAUCUUUGAUUGUGAAAGUUUAUGUUCUCUGGCUAAUACAUAUUCAUGCAUACAACAAAGCAGUAAGCUAAGAUUAUUCAACUUUAAAAAAACACAAAAAAAAUGAAACGAAAAUCCCCGCUUCCGUUGCAAAUCAUCGUGGAUUUGUAGUCUAUCAAAUAUAAAACGACAAAAUGUUGCUGUAUGUUGACAAUUUUCACGUGUAAGAAGUUGUUUCGCGGCUGGCGUAAAAUGAUGUUUGUUAUAAUUAGCUUAUAAUAAUUUGGGUCACUCAACAAUGAUAAAAGAAAAUAUGUAUUUAUAAAAAAUAGCAAUUACGGCCUCGAAUUUCUCAAACGGUUCACGCUAAUGAAAAUGCAUUCGCCAGUGUAGAAAAAAAAUAAAGGCAAGUAAACCGGAAAACAAAUCUGAAUUCUAUAAAAAAAUCAUUUAAUAUUUACAAAUAUGAUUAAAUGAAAUAUUAUGGAACUUAUACAAUUAUAUUUAGAUUAUUACGACAUACUGUAAAUAAAUAAAAUUAAAACCAAAUAAAA